AUGGUUAUACACUGUCGUGCCCAUACGGGGGAACGUCCUUUUAAGUGCUCAUUCUGUGACAAGCAGUUUCAUUCGAACAAAUCUAGAAAAGAACAUGAACACACUCACACUGGUAACAAACCGUACAAAUGUCCUCAGUGCAUUAAAAGCUUCAACUACAAGGCCACCAUGCUAAAACACUUCCGUACCCAUACGGGCGAACGUCCCUUUAAGUGUUCUUUCUGUGACAAGCAAUUCAAUUCGAAUAAUACUAAAAAAGAACACGAAUACUCGCACACGGGAAGUAAACCGUACAAAUGCGAUCACUGUAACAAAGGUUUCAACCAGAGAACCACCAUGGUUAGACAUUCCCGUACCCAUACGGGUGAACGUCCUUAUAAGUGUUCCUUCUGUGACCGGACGUUUGCUACAAUUAAUCAUAAAAAGUCGCAUGAACAGACUCACACGGGGAACAAACCGCACAAAUGUCAUCACUGUAACAAGGGUUUCACUCAGAGGUCCCGUAUGAUUGCACACUCCCGUAUCCAUACGGGCGAACGUCCGUUUAAGUGUUCCUUAUGUGACUGGGCAUUUACGUCAGAUGAUCAUAGAAAAACACACGAACGCCGCACUCACAUGGUAAAUAAACCGGUGUAAAGGUCAUCACUGUAACGAAUAUUUCACCCAGCAAUCCAAAAUGGUUGCACAUACGAGUUGAAUUACUUCUAACAUCUCAUUAUGUGACAGAAAUUUAGUAAAAGUUAUACUUAAAGAGAUUACGCGGGAACAACUACGCGAAUGUCUUUACUGUAGUAAAGGGUUUACCUGCAGAACCUCUAGGGUUAGAUACUCCCUAAGGGAUAAACCGUAACAGUAAUUAGUUUAUAACCAAAAUAUAUAAAAAGCCAAUGUUCUAUAAUUUGCUUUUUUCUUAUAUGGUGUCGUUCUUUUUAAUUAUUCGAAAAUUAUGCCCAUCAGCCCGAACUUAAUUAUGCUGGAAAUUCUGGUCGUGAAAAUCUUAUUUCUUAAUUUCGUCUACCUAUACUACUAUGUUAACUGUAGGUACUAAAGUGAAACUGUAUUUAUUUUAUGCUUUUAAUAAAGAAUCAUUUCUGGAUGUAAUAAAUUCAAUUGUUCUAUUUACUUAUAGUGUUAUAUGAAAACGAAUUGUAUGUUUAUGUUUAGAAAUGUAAGUAGGUACUUAUAUUUACUCUAAUAUUAUAUUAGGUGAAUUUGUAUAAUGUAGAGUAACUUACUCAACAAUUUAUUUAAUAUUUCAUACUACCUAAUGAAUAAAAACAAUUUAUUUACUCAAACAACAACUUAACAACAAUAAUAAUACGUAGAAAAUGGCAGACAAUUAUCAUAAGGUGAGUGAAGAUGGUAAGCCGCCUCACCGCCUUUCCCUGUGAUCUUGGAUUCAACUCCUUGAAUAUUAUUGAUUCCGUUACUUAAACGGUCGCUUACCCAGUAGGUAAGUAGGUGUUAGCUUACAAUUUUAAAUAAAUAAUGUACAUGUACAAACUUUGUGUCAGUGGCUUAAUAAUUUAUUGAUACUUACUAUUAUGUAACAAUAGCAUUAAAGGGAUAUUUUUACCCAGAGUUUCUAAAUAUCAAAAUAGUCAGAACUCAAAAUAUGUGAUACGUGUAUAAUAAAUGAAACAAACUACUAAAAGAGAAAAUUGUAGUUAUAUAAAAAUGAAUUAAGUCAGAGGGAUGUCGUUUCCUAAAAAAAAACUCUAUGCUCUAUAAAUGUUGCCUGGUUCCUGCAAAGCAAUAAAAAAAAAUCCUGUUCAAUAUAAUUUACAUCCUUUUAACCAAUUCCAU